AUGGCAGAGCCAGGUCCAUCCAGCGCAACAUUGGCGAGCGCACCGCUCCACCACGUUGCAGCAGCUCACCAAUGCGAUCUGUCGGUGUUUCUGUCGGCCAACUCGAUCCAGCUUGUCGAUGGCCAGCCCAAUGGCAGCUUCAAGACGUAUGCCAUGCCGACCACCGUUUUUGUGCCCCAACCCACGCUUCCCGAUCAGUCCGACGCAGCACGGUACGCUGACCAACCCCACAUCAGCUUCGCGCGCCUCGCCAGCUUCUCGCAUUCGGAUCGUUUCCUCGCCCUCACCGGAGAUGAUAAGGUGUUGCGAGUUUGGAAGCUCGAGCGAAAUACAGACCAAAGUAUCACGGGCUUUGAGUUUGGCAAAGAGAUUGUGAUCAAGCUCCUGCCCAAACGUGCUGCUGUGCUGCAUUGGAUGCCUCCCAACGAUUCCACUCCCAGCGGUUCCGAGGAGCUUAUCUGCAUUGAUCGCUUCGGAGACAUUCGCAGCUUCCUCGUCCACGAGGACGAUGUCCGAGUCCUCCCAUCUACAGAAGGAAGCACAUCCAAGAGGGACGAAGCUGAGGUCGAUGAACAGGAUCAGAUGGACUCGCCAAGUGACGCUUCCAUGCAGAUUCUGCUCGGCCACGUCAGCAUGAUUACCAGCCUUGCCUUUAUUCCGGGAUCCAAAGAAACGUCGCCGCCUGCUUACAUCAUCACUGGCGAUCGCGACGAGCACAUCCGCAUCUCUCGAUGGGGCCGCAAGCGAUUGGCGUACGUCAUUGACCGAUACCUGCAAGGCUCAGAAGCAUUCGUCGGAGCACUUGCGGUCCUUCCCGACACGGACGGCCAGCUGCGUCUCGUCAGCUCCGAGGGUGGCCGAGCUUUGAGAGUCUGGUCCUUGCCACAGCCCGGUGCUGGCCCUUCGACGGAGACCACCUUUGACGAUGCAUGCCUCUCGAUCAACGAGUUCAGCUCCGCGCUGGCGCCCUAUGUCCUUGCGCGCGACCGCGAGGAGAGGAAACGAGAGUCCAAAGCGCUGCAAGCCUCGAGCAAGAAAAACAAAGCUGCCAAGCGCAAGCAGACUGCAGAUGCAGCCGAGCAGGCCGAGGCGAAGCCACUCGCAGCGCAGUACUCGAAGGAUAGCAAGCCUACUAUUGUCAUUUCGGAUCUGAUUCCGUACCGUGAUGCGCAAGCGGAACAAUGGCUUUUAAUUGUGGUGGAAGGUGCCACGGCUUUCUUCUCUGUGCCCGUCAGCUCCUUGUUGGCACCUUUGACUUCCGGCGAUGACAAGGUGCGCGAGAUUGCGGAUCAGAUCCGAGUCACUCGUGCUUCUGCUCCCAUCUUGCACCUCACUCUGGUCCAACGUUCCGAGACCGCCACUGCUUGCGUCAUUGCCACUUUCGACACCCGCCCCGAGUUCCGUUCGCAAGAGGCGGAAACAGGCGGCGUUGAAGCGGAAGCAGCCGUCUUCACUCUGAGCGCGUCGGGUGAAUUUGAACGACUAGCCAAGCCCGCACUCGUCGAAGCACUCCUCCCCGCCACCGAGCCGAGCACUGUCGGAGGCAACGAAGUUCCGCGUGCGCUGCUGGAUGCGUCGGUCGUCGAGUAUCUGAGCUUGUACCCUGCCCUCACCACGUGGCCCAAGAUCGAGGUGCCUUCGUCGGCCGAGAUCAUUGCUACACGUUCGUCGCGCAAGGGACGCUUCAAUCAUCCGCUCGAUACGUCGCUCAUCGGCGUCGCACAGGUCGACCAGACCAAGCCCUCUAAUGCUUCAUCCAAUCCAGAGGGCGACGACGAACAGCGUCGCAAGCUCGUCAAGACUAUGCAGGGGGGUAAACGCGAGCGUGGUCGUGAGCGUAACCGCGAGGCUAUUCGUUUGGCUCAGGAGCAGGCUUCACUAUGA